GCCAGCAACUCCUCAGCCUCCCGAAGUUUGUGCCCCGUGUCCUAGCUGCUGCUGCGUCCGGCCGCGAGGUGCUGAGUUAGGCUUUCCUGAGGCAGGCAGCAGGGAUGCGUUUGUGAGUGGGUGCAUGUGUGUCUUAAGAGGGGGGCAAAGAUCAUCACGCCGCAGGUCAGUUAGUCCCAAGGGCAACGUUGGCGCUUAGGGGUGUAAAUACCGAGCAGGGUAGGUGCAGCUCUCUCGCCAGAUCCUUCCAGGUGGGUGGCUCGACGUGAUGCUAAAUUAGGUGUGCGCUCUAUCUGCAUGCCCUGAGCCAGGCUUAGCGGCAGGUUUCUGGGGACUGGGCCCCGGGGGGUCUGGGGCAAAAGCAGGGGGACUAGCUGUUGGAAGGGGGGAGGGUGCAAUAAAUAAAGCAAUAAAUGGCCAGCACCAGGAGCAUUGAGCUGGAGCACUUUGAGGAGCGGGACAAAAGGCAGCAGCGUUCGGGGGCCCGCAGAGCGGGGACCGGCUCGAGUUGCAGCAGCAGCUCCGGCCCCAAGGGAAACGGGCUCAUCCCAAGCCCCGCGCACAGCGCCCACUGCAGCUUCUACCGCACGCGGACGCUGCAGGCCCUCAGCUCGGAGAAGAAAGCAAAGAAAGCCCGGUUCUACCGCAAUGGGGACAGGUACUUCAAGGGCUUGGUGUUUGCCGUUUCCAGCGACCGCUUUCGCUCCUUCGAUGCUCUCCUGAUCGAGCUCACCAGGUCGCUGUCGGACAAUGUGAACCUGCCCCAGGGAGUCCGCACCAUCUACACCAUUGAUGGCAGCAGGAAACUCACCAGCUUGGAGGAGCUAGUGGAAGGUGAAAGUUAUGUAUGUGCAUCCAAUGAACCAUAUCGCAAAGUUGAUUAUACCAAGAAUGUCAAUCCAAACUGGUCUGUGAAUAUUAAGACUGGGUCUGCUCGAUCCUUGACAUCUCUGACAUCGAUGAAAAGUGAAGUGAAGGAGAGUAAAGAUUUCAUUAAACCCAAACUGGUGACUGUUAUUCGGAGUGGAGUGAAGCCACGGAAAGCUGUGAGAAUUCUGCUGAAUAAAAAGACUGCUCAUUCCUUUGAACAGGUUUUGACUGACAUCACAGAAGCCAUUAAGUUAGAUUCAGGCAUUGUCAAGAGACUUGUAACACUAGAUGGGAAGCAGGUUACCUGCUUGCAAGACUUUUUUGGAGAUGAUGAUGUUUUCAUUGCCUGCGGACCUGAGAAAUAUCGUUAUGCUCAAGAUGACUUUGUACUGGAUCAUAGUGAAUGUCGUGUUAUGAAGUCGUCAUAUUCCCGUUCACCUGGUACACCAAGACAAUCUGGAUCCAAAAGCCCAGGACCCUCACGUCGAAGCAAGUCACCUGCUUCAGUAAAGAGGGGUGGCCACUACUCCAGUGCUUAUUCUACAGCAAAAUCCCCAGUCAAUGGAACACCCAGCAGCCAGAUAUCCACUCCAAAAUCUACCAAGUCCUCCAGCUCUUCACCAACCAGCCCGGGGAGCUUUCGUGGACUCAAGAUUCCUCCACACUGUGGCUCUUCUUCCAAUGUGAAUGGUGUGCCUGAACUAUUCCAUUGCAUAAGUCCUGAAGGUGUGAAUGGAAACAAGUGCUCAGGCUCAUCCACUAUUCUUGAGAAAUACAGAGUGGGAAAGGUGAUUGGUGAUGGCAAUUUUGCUGUAGUAAAGGAGUGCGUAGAACGAGCCACUGGAAAGGAGUUUGCACUGAAGAUUAUAGACAAGGCAAAAUGCUGUGGAAAGGAGCAUCUGAUAGAGAAUGAGGUAUCCAUACUGCGCCAAGUGAAACACACCAAUAUUAUCAUGCUGAUAGAGGAGAUGGACACUCCAACAGAACUCUAUCUGGUAAUGGAGUUAGUUAAGGGAGGAGACUUAUUUGAUGCUAUCACUUCUUCAACAAAGUAUACGGAGAGAGAUGGUAGCGCAAUGGUCUACAAUCUAGCCAGUGCACUGAAAUACCUCCAUGGUCUCAACAUUGUGCACAGAGACAUUAAGCCAGAGAAUCUCCUGGUAUGCGAGUAUUCAGAUGGAACAAAGUCCUUGAAGCUUGGGGACUUCGGACUGGCCACAGUGGUUGAAGGACCCUUAUAUACAGUCUGUGGCACCCCUACAUACGUGGCUCCAGAAAUCAUUGCAGAGACAGGUUACGGUUUAAAGGUGGAUAUUUGGGCUGCGGGUGUGAUCACAUACAUACUGCUUUGUGGAUUCCCACCUUUUCGCAGUGAGAACAAUCUUCAGGAAGAUCUCUUUGAUCAGAUCCUCAUUGGAAAGCUAGAGUUUCCCUCUCCGUACUGGGAUAACAUCACUGACUCAGCUAAGGAGUUAAUUAGUCUGAUGCUACAGGUAAACGUAGAAGCUCGAUAUACAGCAGCACAGAUCCUAGGCCAUCCCUGGGUGUCCGAUGAUGCCUUGCAGGAGAAUAAUAUGCAAGCUGAAGUAACAGGUAAACUGAAGCAGCACUUUAACAACAUGCUACCCAAGCAGAACAAUACAACCGCUGGGGUCUCUGUCAUCAUGUGCCUGCAUUGCUUUCCUCUGAGUAGGUCCAAGGCAAUGAACACAGCUCUAGAUAAGGAAAGUCAGAUUUUCUGCAACAAGCACUCUCAGGACUCUAAUAGAGCAGGUAUGCAGAAAACUUCUGUGAUUAUUGCUGCAGCUCAAGAUCCUCAUGUGGCUGGGUCCAAGAACCUCUCCCCUGCUGCUUCUGAGCCAAUCAAAUCCCCCACACAGCCUGACUCAGCAUGUUAUGAGAAUUCUGGGGAAAAGCUCGCUCUGUAGAAGUAACUUAAACCAAAGCCAACUUCUAGGCCAGUAGACCCCUUCAACUUAAUGAACAUCCAUCACAUGUGUGGUUUGCUCCCACUCUCUCAUGGCAAGCCCCAGGCAGACUGUCAAUAGGUGGGUGGAUGAAGUGUGUGCUGUAGCUUUGAGUGCUCUUCCAGCCUUUGGCUUCUGAACAUUAAGAGGGGGGAAGAAAUUCUGAAUGUUUAGAUUCGUUUUUAUCAUUGGAGUUGGCUUAAUUAAAUGCAUUUCUCACACGCUAGGAAUCUGACUAGCUUAAUCUAAUGUAUAGUUAAACAAGAACAUAAUAUGGAUGAACAGUUACAAGGCCUCACGUAUGCGCAAACAGACUCUCCCAGUCAACAGAACUUGUUCCCAGAAAAGGUGUAUGCCCACAAAAAGCUGUAUUUUUCUCUCCUGUCCUAGUGGCUACAGUGAGUUGAGCUGAAGAGACAUGUUUCCAUGAAAAACUUGAGUGGAUUAACUGUACAAUAUUGAAAGCCAAGUUUCUCAGAGAAGGGGUCAUUUUUCUUCAAGAUAGUGUUUAGAUAAUAAGAACUUCAAAUAACUUUGGAUGUAAUAACAUGAACUCUGGGCAUUUAUUGGGCUGAAGACUGCAGUCAAGAUAGCUUUUUCAUUCUAGCUGUUGUGUAUCCUCCCCCAACAACUAUUAGAAACAAUAAAACUUCUUUGAAUGGAAAGCCUGCUGCAUGUUACAUAAGUUAGGAUGGAGCAGUUCCUUGUUCUAGGGCAAGCUAACUAAUAGAAGAACUACCACUACCCACCAUAAAUAGCUGCCAAUAUUUUAUUACCAUCCCCCUCUUCAUCUAGUGCAGGAACUGGAAACCAUAAGGGGGGAGACACUGAUCUGCAGUCAAGAAUGGAAAGUGUUUUAUCUUUAUCAGUGUAUGUAUUCUGCUUAUUCAUUUCCUCUGCUUGUUGAUGAGAAAAAUUGGUCUUAGUUCAUUUUCUUUGUUAGCUUUUACUAGAAUUGUAAUACAGACCUGCAAUAAUAAACUUUC